AUGUCGAGCAUAUGCGGACCACAAGAGGGAACAGUUAGUGAAGUUAAAGUUGGAAGAAUAGUAUCUUCGAUAUGGGGCAACAAGGUUGUGAAAAUGAAAUCGUCUUCGUUAACUGGAUCGGGUUAUAGGCAUCUCCAGAUGCGCCAAAUAAAGCUUAAAGAUAUAGAGGAAAUCGUAGGCUUCAAUGAAACAACUGUUGAUGACAUUAGAGUACUUGGUAGAAAGUUUCAAAACUGGAUUGUUGAUCUUUCGUCUCGGGAGAAAGGUGUCAUUUCAUUUUUGCGACUCUCAAAUACAGGUGAAGCAGAUGUAGAUGUAGAAGGGUGUCGUGUUUUUCCAGGGAUCACCAUUAGUUUGUACCCUACGGUUAACAUUGUCAUCCGCACACACGGUGAUGCUGUUCCAAUUGAGGUUGUUGAAAGUUCUAGUGAAAAAAUCAUCGUUUUACUGCAUACGAUUGAAAGGGCUUUACGUCAUGUUAAUGCAACCUGUCUAUGCUUAGGCCAAAACCUUCCUGACCAUAACAACGAUUAUACGAAAAGCGUGGACAUUGCUGUUUCAGGCUCCCGAUUUGUAUGCAUCAAGUCUUCCAGUGCUGUGUCAACAUCUAUAAUUUCGAAUUCAUGCUUGCUCUUGAUUCCAAGUGGUAGCUCCGCAUGCGAAGCUUGUCAAUACGCGUACAAGUUAUGUAUGAAUAGGAAAUGUAAAAGAUCAGAGCGGGCGGAAUUGGCCAACUCCAUAAGUGAGCUCGAGGAGAGUAUAAAGGUAACCCUGCCAAUUAGUAACGCGAAAGAAAAACCAACAAGCUGCAAUCAGAAUUUGGCCGGAAACGAGGCGAACAUUGAAAUGUUGUCAUUUGAAAAAUGCGAUAAUGAUGACCUACUGCAGAUAACGGAGGAGAUUGGGCUGAAGAACAACAUCCCGGAAGACAUGAAACUAUUGUGGGACAUGCAAAUGAAGCAGUUAGCAUCAAAAUCUGCAAAUGGUCAUCGUUGGCACCCUCGGUUUGUAAUUAUAUUUUCUCUAAUAGCUCGGUUAUAAUGAAUGUACCAAUUACAAUGAUUCUUUCUCAGACUGAGGGAAAAAUGAAACAUUUUCGCUGUUGGAGAGUAUACAUGCUUUUAGGUACAAUACAAUUAUGUAGAAGAUUAACAGGACAAUAUCGGUUCAUCAACUGCCUAAAUAUAUAUAUAUAUAUAUAUAUAUAUAUAUAUAUAUAUAUGUAAAAUUGUCCGACUAGCACUUGAUUUAUACAUCAAGAACCCACACGUUCUCGACACCCUUCGCCAAUUUAUAAUCCUUCCAAGUAAUCGUCUAAUACGGUUUGUAUUUAUUUUAAUGUAUCAUUUUACUGACUCAAAAACUUGUUCACGAUUGCUGUCUGCUAACAUGUUCAGGAAAGAUUUAUACAAUAACUUUAUCCUGUAUCAAAACUUCGAUCCAACUCCUGUCAUUAAGAUAUUACAAGAACGCGGUAAACCAAGAAGCGGGUUGGAAUCAGGAGGUUAUCAACUGGUGUCAAAGUGAAGCGAAAAGGCAUCAAUUAAAACCAGCAGAUUACUGGGGUGGUCUAGUCCUUGAUGAGAUGAAAAUACAGGUAUAUAUAUUUGAACGUAAAUCAAUGGAGGACUGCAUGACAGCAUUAAGUAUAAUUGAAUGGUAUAUAUUUGAGUACCUGUAUGUGAUUACAACUCACAAAACCUACAUUUACAGGAAGAUUUACAAUUGACUGUACGAAACGGCAAACACCAUCUAAUUGGCUUGGUUUCUCUUGGUGGACUUUAUGAAAAUAUGAAGUUAAUUGAGACAGGUUACUAAAAUUUAAAGAGUUAUUGACCCCGCCUCAAAGAAUAAUAGUGAAUAGUGAGUACGCGCAUGCUGUUUGCUUUGCUUUGAUAUCAUCUUAUCGAUCUCCUGUUUGCAUGUAUAGGAAAAACGGAAGCUAAAAUGGAAGUAGCAACCCAUCUGCUUCAAUAUGUUUUUAUAAGCGACUGUGGUUUCCGAUUUCCAGUGGCACACUUUCCAACCACCACAUGUCCACCUACUAUUCUAUACAUCCAAUUCUGGGAAGGUGUCUUACAGAUGAAAAAAGCUGGAUUUAGGUACCAUAUGUUUCAAAGAGCCUCGUAUUAAAAUAAGAUAUAAUACUUACGGCUAUAUGUCCUAUUAUUUUUUAGUAUCUAUUACGCAAUUUGUGAUGGAGGCGAGUCAAACCGACAGUUCAUAAAUAUACAUUUCUCCUCCUUCAGUCCCGUUGAAAUGAAUUUCUUAUCGUACAAUAUGCUCACAGAGGAUCCCAUGAUAUUUUUGAUGGAUUGUAAAGUAUACAAAUUAUUUCAUUCUAAAGGUAUAAUAACUAUUCAAUACCUAAUAAUACUAAUGUUAGUCUUUGUUUUUACUAGCACAAUAUCAAAAAGUUGAGAAACAAUCUAGAGAAAAGCUCGGCCUCUGGGUCAGCAAGAUGCUUGAAAAAUGGAGAUGAUCAUAUAUUUUGGCGGUUUUGGAAGGAUACAUAUUUGUGGGACCAAAGUCAACAUUCCUGCCCUAUUCAUGAAAAACUAAAGGAGGAUCACUUUCAGUUAACACCGAGCUCACGUAUGAGAAAUAACUUGGCGGAAGAUGUUCUGGACAAAAAGAUGCUCUUUUUAAUGAAAGUACGUGUGUAUGACAAAAACUAAUAACGUAAUUUCAUAUUUUGAAUAAUCAAAAUAACCUAUAAUUUGCAUAGCUAUAGGACAAUUAGUAUGAACUGUUUAUUCAAUCAUUACUUCUAUAUAAAUAUGUAUAGGCUUACAAGAAUCAUUUGGAAUGCUCUGAAAACCAAGAACAUGCGUCGCGACUGAAUGGGAGCAUCAUGUUCUUACAGCAUACCAGUUUUAUGGUAGAAUUCUUCUCAAGCAAACAAGCAAUCUACGACUCUAACGACACUAGACUUCAGAGUUUGAUCUCUACGUUGUCGUACUUCUCUAAGUGGAAGGCAAGUGUCUUGAAGAGUGACGAAUUUGUCUCGUUCAAACUAUGGUUUGAUUUACAAGCCAUGAUCUUGGGAAUGAUCUCUUUAGUGAAAAUCAAGCUGUUACAAUUUCCUGGAUCAAUCAUAAAACCAGCUGUUAUCAAUCAGGAUGUAGUUGAGAAUCAUUUUUGCCAAUUGAGGGCGGCAAACGGACAAAACGAGAAUCCUACCUACCUGCUGACUCAGGCAACCCAAAAUUCAAUCGUCUUUGGACAAAGAACCGUCAGCAAGAAAUGCAACACGGGUACAGCUGAAAAUUCAUCUUUCACGGAGUUACCGAAAAAGAAGUUGUUCUCCGCGAAAAACAAAUGUAAAAAUCAGAAGUCUAAAAUACGCCUGACAUUAUAAUUAUAAAUACAAGUGCAAAGAGCAUCAAACACAGAAACAUAUUUGUACAGGGCCGUCGAGAGGUAGAGUGGGCCCCGGGACAAUAGACCUUAUGCGUAAUGACGUCACAAGACUUGAUGCCCGCAAGGAAUGCUGGUCUUAGUAGUCAUCACCAGGGAAAAUUAAACAAUUCAAAAUGGCCACUAUCGAAAUUUUCCCGGGAGAUGACGACUAAGACCAGCAUUCCUCGUGGGCAUCAAGUCUUGUGACGUAAUUAUGCAUAAGGUCUACAGAGACGUUUAUUUAACCUGACGUCUUCUCAUUUCAUUUGUUUCCCUCAAUACAACAAAUGAGCCCGGGCCCAUUUUGGACCCGGGGUAAUUAC